CACCUCUAAGUCAUGAUUUAGCUAGUAUCAUACUCCCAUAUGAUACAUUUGGAACAUAUUUGGAUAUACAAUUGAGAACAAAUGAUGAGAAAUUAGAAAAACAUAAUUUUAAAGCAGCUAAAGAUAUUUUAACAUCAGUAUAG